AUGUGUGACCAAAUAUGCUGGUUUAGAGCUCAAGAGCUUAAAAAUAUAAACUUAAAUAAAGAAUUAGAAAAACAAAAUAUUGGGACAUCUCAUAAAUAUACCAGUUCAUUAGCCACAAAGUUACUAGUAACAAAUAAUUUAGAUAAAUAUAAUGGAUUUAAUACUGUAAAAUGUUAUAAUUGUGAAGAGAUAAAUCUUUAUGAAGAUAGUUUGUAUAUAAUAUGUUACAAAUGCAGCAGGAUAAACUAUGUAACCUUUGAGAAGUCAUUGCAAGGAUUUCCUACUAUUGAAGUUAUUUGUCCUGUUUGCUAUGUAAAUAAUUUUUCGAGUCCCGAGCAGACUUUACAUCGUUGUUACAACUGUGGUUUAGUAAUGAGUUCAUCAUCUAAUUUAAAUUAUACUAAGGAAGAGCACAAAUCUGUUGAACAGUCUGAUGUUUAA